ACAGAACCUCCUCGGCUGACACGGCCACAAAACGGCUCCACACGUCGUGGGUGUAGAACUCCACAGUGUGAGCGUUGGCGAUGCUCAGAGUUGCACCUAAAAACCGAGUGACUUUAUCUAUUCGUUUCUGGACCUCCGUGAGGUCGAUCGAGAACGGAAUCAUGUUGAAAAACUGCAAAAUUCUAAGGUACUAACCGAUGGUUGCACACUUGGCAUCCAGAGAUGACCGUGGGGGGGCUGGAAAAGCCUGUGGGCCGCGUCCUCCUGGCAUCACAUGGGUGCAAAUAACUUUCAUCAAGCGAGGCCAGAAUUGCUCAAAGGCUUGUGUCGCUCCUUCCUUGCUGCUGUGGCCAUCACUUAGGACGAGCAUGGCUGGCCAGCAGGACAGCAGGAGGACCAACGGCUGGGGUCACAUCGCCCUGCUGGACAAGACCAGGGAGUUCUUCCAGACGUGCGAUGUGGAGAGUAAAGGCUUCAUCACGCGCACUGACAUGAGGAGGCUCCACAGGGAGCUGCCGCUGUCUGCUGAGGAGCUGGAGGACGUCUUUGACUCCCUGGACACGGAGCACAGUGGAUACCUCACGCUGGAGGCCUUCUCUUCUGGAUUCAGUCAGUUCCUUCAAGGCCGGCGGAUUUCGAUGCCCGACGAGCCGAACCAGGCAACCGGUUCAGGGUUCAGAACCAAGGAGGCCCUCUACCAGAGCCAAUGGGAAGCCAAGCUGUCGGGCGGCGAAGACGAGGAAGAGCACUUCUGUAUGCUGCUGGAGAGCUUGGGAGCGAGUCAUGUGUUUGAGGACCCGGACGAGGUGCGCAGCCUGUGGGCUCAGCUCAAGCGGGACGAGCCUCACCUGCUGUCCAACUUUGAGGAGUUCCUCGCCAGGGUCACCCAUCAGAUUAAGGAGGCCCACCAGGAGAAGCGAGAGAUGGAGAGCGCCCUCCAGAGGAAGGCGGCAACGCACGACAGUGAGAUCCGACAUCUGUACGAGGAGAUGGAGGCGCAGAUCAAAACGGAGAAAGACAAGCUCCUGCUGAAGGACUCAGAACGCCUCCAGUCACGGAGCCAGGACUUGGAGCACCAGCUGUCUUCCAAGGAGAAAGAGCUGGAGCAUCUUUUCCAGAAGCAGAAGAGGUUGGAGAUGCAGUGCCGCGAGCUGAACAGCGAGAAGCAGGAGAGCCACGUGGAGAACGUCAAGCUGAAGACAACCAACGACGAGCUGUCGCGAGCGUUGGAGACCACCAGCCAGGAGCUGCUGGUUGCCCAGGAGCAACUGACCAUGCUGCAGGAGCAGGCGGCCAGGCUGCACCAGGAGAAGGAGAUGGAAAUGUACCGAGUCACAGAAGGACUCCAGAGAGAGAAGCAAAGCCUGAUGAAGCAACUUGACCUCCUCAGAGAGAUGAACAAACACUUGAAGGACGAUCGGGACAUACGUAGUGGAGUGCCGAGAACAUCCCUGAGAAAGAAGCAGAAGCAGAGAGCAGGCCUGACCAACAUAUUUGACGACAGCAGCCAGCCUGUGAAAAGAUCUCCUGUGGUGCUGGAGGGCUCCUACCAGUCUCUGGAGGCCUUGCCUGUAGAGCACCUUCAAAUCGUGUUUGUUGCUUCCUCCUCCUGUAGUGAGGACGACGCAACCGCUGCCAUCAACUCCUCGGGGAUGAAGAAGAGCGUUGGGUUGUCCAACGGCUACAUGGGCCCUGCCCCAGCUAAGGUUCACAACAUGAGGACCAAAGCCAAGAAGGCCAUCGCCAGGUCCUCCAGCUUGAGGAGGACCGCCAGGGAGCGGGCCAAGAGGCCGGAGGCGGAGAGGAAGACAGACGUCGGGGGUGAGGAGCUGGACGCACCCCCGGGCGGGUGGCCUUUGAGGCGCGUCAUCUCCAUCGAAGAGGACCACCUGCCCCACCUCCUCCAAGGUGGACCCCAGCUGUUGCUGCACCAGCUCAGCGAGGAAGAGGAUGCGGAGGAAGCGCAGCGCGAUUUGGACUCCAGCGUCAUCAUGGCGACGCAGUCACAGAAGCUCCAGUUAUUCCGAAAAAAGACCCCCAUGUCGCCACGGGGGCAACCUGUGGGAAAGGAGACCCAGCAUGCAGAAGAGGCGCCCUUGCUGGGGCCGAGCCGCCUCUUUAAAGUGGUCCUGGUGGGAAACUCCAGCGUGGGUAAGACGUCACUUCUGCGCUCCUUCUGCGAGGGACAUUUCCACCCGUCCACCACGGCCACUGUGGGGAUUGACUUCAGCGUGAAGAUCUUAACCCUCAACAAUAUGCAAAUAGCCAUGCAGCUGUGGGAUACGGCAGGUCAAGAGAGGUACCGCAGCAUCACCAAGCAGUUCUUCCGCAAGGCCGACGGCGUGGUGGUGAUGUACGACGUCACGAUGGACGAGAGCUUCAAGGCCGUGAGUCCGUGGCUCGCCAACGUCAAGGAUGCUGCAGGAGAAGGGGUCCAAAUCCUGCUGCUGGGCAACAAGAUGGACAUGGACUCAGACAGGGAGGUGUCCUUAAAAGAGGCAGAACAACUGGCUCAGGAGAGCAAGGUGAUGUUCUACGAGGUCAGCGCUUACACGGGAAAGAACGUGACCGAGUCCCUCACUCACCUGGCCAGAGUGUUGAUGGAGCAAGAGGACAAGGUUCGAGACACCACUGUCCUUCUGAGCGCUCAGCCCUUAAGGAAGAAAGCCUGCUGCAAGUGAAGAUGUGGAGGUCGACUUUUGACUUGCACGUUAAGCAAAGAGUCAGACAUUAGGAAGUUUGUGUCCUGCAAAUUACGGACUUGUGCUAAUUUCUUUUUUUUUGGAAGGUGGUGGAUAUACAGCAAUUUGCAGAAUUUGAGGCGGUGGACUUCAGGGGAAGGGGAGCAUCUUGAGAAAAAUUAGGAAAAUCAAGCAUAUAAUGUUUAUGUUGCAUUGUAGAACAGCUGCUUUUGAAGUGUGAGGCACAGGACUUCACAGGAGGUAUGGUAGCUUGUCAAAAUAAAGAAACAUUUAUUCAUUAAAACAUAAAAAAUAUUUCCUUCAGACAAAAGAUAUCUUUAGAAAAAAACAACUAUUUUUUGUCAAAAAUAUUAUACCUUAAACCUUAAUAAAAAAUAUUAAUAUGAUUUUUUUCCAUCAAUUCUUUUUCCCCCUUAUAUAUAAUUGGGGUGUCUCAAUCCGAUAUUUAUAACGGACAUCGUAACAAGUAUGGUAUUAUAUGUGUGACAUAAUGUGCGAUACAAGCAGUGUGUUUACAAAAGGUAAACAUGACAGGUAUAGGCUACUAGGAGCUUGCAUCUACACAACAGCUAAGCACACAAUAGCACACAAGCUCGACAUGCGUAAUAAGUGUCCUUCAUUGAAAAUAUUGCAGUCUAAAACAGUACAUUUGUCAAUAUAAACAAGUAUCAAAUAAUUAUAGUUACAUAUUACUUACUCAUACAAAGUCUCCAAGUAAGAAAAGUGUUAGAAAGUAUCCAGCAACUAACGUGUCUGCAUCACAAGCUUAAGAAUUAUUAUUCCACUUCAAUUUAAAGCCAGCAUAAGUCCACUUCAGACGAUUAAUAAACAGGUUAGUGUUUUUCAUGUCUACCAUAGCUCUCUGUUUGACUAAUUUCACUUGAUCAAUCCUUUUCUAACAUUCCACACUCAAAACUAAUAAAAGUAUGUCUGAGUCCUGCUGAUGUCAUAUCGGGUUAAUAGUGGUAUCGCAUCGGAAGUGAAUAAGUUGUAUUGGGACACCCCCUAAUAUUUCUUGUUAUUCUUUAUCAUACUUACGCUGCUGAAGUCCUCCAUCUCACAUGAAAAGUGUAGUUGUCCAGUAAGAUGCUAUCACUACCUUGUUUUCUUUUGUAAAAUUGCAGAAUCACGCCAUAGGUUGAUUUUAUUUAAAAACAUGUUAUUAAUAUUACGGUUAUGUUAGAAUCAGCUUAAUUUUUCAUGUAAUCACAUAUUUGAUACUGAUGCCAGGACGAAUAAAAGAAUUUGUCAUGUAGUUGAAAUGAAAACCCGUUGGAAAAGGGGCUUUACUCUCCACUGUUUAAUUCACCUUUU